AGAAAAUCCUUGUCACGACGUAACCUCUGUACUCUCUCUCUCUCCCUCUCCCUCUCCCUCUCUCACACACUCAUCUCCAGACGAGUAAUCGUUGAGAGCUCUCUCUCUCUCCUCAGCUCUCUCUCUCUCUGACCUCACUCGAGGCUCUCUAAAUGGCCACUGAAUCCUACCGACAACGAUGAAGAUCACCGGCAAGACUGACCUCCAUGCGAUUAUCUCUUCCAAAGGUCUAAACCCUACUACUCCAGAUUCAGAUCUUUUGCAAAAAUCCAAGUCUCAUAGACCACCUCGCCGGAAAGCGAGGAGUCCCGGGUUUUCCGGUACCGGAGUUAGGUUUUCGGCCGUGAAGCGGAGUAGCAGACCGGAAACCCCUCUCGUUCACUGGAAGUUCGAUGACGGAGGAGACAAAGUUAAAGAAGAGAGGUCGUCGGCAGCGCCAGAGUUCGGUCUGAAAAGUCGCCGGAAGGUUAAAGAGGCGGUUUCGGCGAGGACGCUCGCGGCGGUGCUGUGGCGGUUACAGUUGCCGGAGAGUGGUGACAGAGGCGGCGAGAGGUGUGAUUUGGGGAAGAAUGAUCGGUUAGGGUUUCAGUUUGGAGCUGGUCAUAUUGGUGUGCCAGAUGUUGGUCAUCACAAUGGCAGCAGGGCAUAUGGUUCUGGAGGAAAGGAUCUGAUGCAAAGUCCUCAUUCGGUCUCCGGUCUAAGAAAUGGGUAUUCGUGUAAGUCUGAGCCUUCAUUUCUAUUUUCCAACUCUGCUAUGGAAGGGGCGACAAAAUGGGAUCCUGUCAGCUCGAAAACAUUGGAUGAGGUGCAACGGAUUUAUGGCCCCUCAAAGCCUCUUCAACAAGAAGCAAGUACUAAAUCAGCAGUAUCUGCACUCAAGGUAGAACUUGAGCAAGCUCAGGCUCGUAUCGAUGAGCUCGAGACAGAGAGACGGUCCUCAAAAAAGAAACUCAAGCAUUUCCUAAAGAAACUCAGCGAGGAAAGGGCCACAUGGCGGAGCAGAGAACAUGAGAAAAUCCGUGCAAUUAUUGAUGAUAUCAAAGCUGACUUGAACCGGGAGAGGAAAAAUCGCCAUAGGUUGGAAAUUGUGAAUUCAAAGUUGGUCAAUGAGUUGGCUGAUGCCAAGUUAUCGGCGAAGCGCUAUUUGCAGGACUAUGAAAAAGAGCAUAAGGCUAGAGAGUUAAUAGAGGAAGUAUGCGAUGAACUUGCUAAGGAAAUCGGAGAAGACAAGGCUGAAGUCGAAGCAUUGAAGAGGGAAUCGAUGAAACUCUGUGAGGAAGUUGAAGAGGAGAGAAAGAUGUUGCAGAUGGCGGAGGUGUGGCGUGAAGAACGGGUUCAGAUGAAGUUGGUUGAUGCGAAAGUGAUGCUUGAAGAGAAGUAUUCUCAGAUGAAUGAGCUUGUAGCGGUUCUAGAGACUUUUCUAAGUUCAAGAAGCGCAAUCCCAGAUGCGGAGGAGAGGAGAAAAGCAGAGUUCCUUCGACAGACUGCUGGCUCAGUGAACAUUCAAGAAAUCAAAGAAUUUACAUACGAGCCUCCAAACCCAGAUGAUAUUUUCUCAGUUUUUGAAGAUGUAAAUUUCAAUGAAGCUGCCAAUGAAAGAGAGAUUGAACAAUGUGUUGGAUUCAGUCCUGCCAGCCAUGCCUCUAAGGUUCACACCGUGAGUCCCGAAGUUAACAUUUGCAAUAAAGAUAUUAUGCAUAGGCAUUCUAAUGCGUAUCUUGAUCAGAAUGGCGAUAUAGAAGAAGAUGGGAGUGGGUGGGAAACCGUGAGCCAUCUUGAGGAUCAGGGCUCGAGUUAUUCACCCGAGGGGAGUGACCCAUCAGUUAACAAGAUUUGUCGUAACAGUAAUGUGUCAGCGAGUGGAACGGAAUGGGAAGAAAAUGUAUGUGAGGAGACACGAAUAACGGAAAUUAGUGAAGUCAGUGCAGUACCAAAGACACAUUUGAAGAAGGUAUCAUCCAUUUCCCGGCUUUGGAGAUCAUACCCAAAUAAUGGCGAAAACUUCAAGAUAAUCUCAAUGGUGGAAGGGAUGAAUGGAAGGCUUUCCAAUGGAAGGAUUUCUAAUGGAGCAAGCAAUUCUCCGGAUAGGGGAUCGGCUAAUGGAAAGCCUGGCUCCCCGGAUUUGGCAGGGCAAUGGAGCUCACCAGAGUCGGGGAAUCCACACAUAAAUCGAGCAAUGAAAGGGUGCAUUGAAUGGCCACGCGGUAUGCAAAAGGGUAGUUUGAAAGCAAAGCUUUUGGAAGCGAGGAUGGAAAGUCAAAAGAUCCAAUUACGCCAAGUUCUCAAGCAGAAGAUUUAGAUUUAUCAAGUUUUGGAUGAACAAAGCCGCCUCAUGAAAUUUCCAAAUGAAUCAGCUGGAAAUGUGGUGUUUUGCCCAUGCCAUUCUCAAAUUCUACAAGGGUUUCCAUUUUCACUGCUGCUUGGCAACGAUGAUCUUUGAUGGAACAGGUGGGUUGUACUCUCUGUUGUGAGAUGGUUGUACCAUGGCUUUUUGCUUUUUUAGGGUAGAGCAUCCUAUUUACAAGUGAACUCAUAAAGCAACCUGUGCUCUGCUUGUAUUGUCCUAUUUACCAAAUGUGGCACAAUUAAGGAAAACAAAUUUAUGGUAGAGGCUGAAAUGAUAAUAUAUUCUUAUCUUUGUAUUUUGUAA